AUGGUAGUUCUGAGUCGCGUGGGGUCGCCGACGAUGUCAGCGACUGUCGCCGGCAACCAGCAGCAACAUCAUCCUCAUCAGGAGUGGGACAUAAACGAUUCGAAUGUUCCGAGGGUAGUAGAAUACGAUCCCUGGUGCGAAUGGGCGGACGGACACGUGAGGAGAGUCUACGGACCGGAUUGCGAGGAAGCGAGGAGGCACGCCUCCGGUUGGGCGAUGAGAAACACCAACAAUCACAACGUGAGCAUUUUGAAGAAGAGUUGCCUGGGCGUUCUGGUGUGCUCGCAGGAGUGCAUACUGCCCGGCGGUGGAAGGGUUCACCUCCGACCGGCGAUCUGCGAUAAGGCCAGAAAGAAGCAACAGGGCAAACCAUGCCCCAAUAGACAGUGCACCGGUCGCUUGGAGAUACUAUCGUGUCGCGGUCACUGCGGUUAUCCCGUGACGCACUUUUGGCGGCACACGGAGCACGCGAUCUUCUUCCAAGCCAAGGGCCAGCACGAUCAUCCGCGACCGGAAGCGAAAUCUACGUCGGAGGCGCGAAGAAGCGUGGGUGCCGGUAGGAGGGUCAGAGGACUGGCGGUGCUUUUGGCGAGAGAGGCUGCUCUAGGUUCUAAGUUAAUGUCAUUAAGAGGAACUAAAAGAUCAAGCACGGACACGCUCGAGCAGCCGUCGAGAACGACGCAGCCACCUCCAUUGAUCUCUGAUAAAGGAUACUCAUGCUCGUGCCCGCCCUUCGAGUGCAUGUGCUCGCUGCAGACGAAUGUACCGUCGUACCCGCAGUCUCAUCACCAUCAAACAACGAUAUAUCCUCAACAGCUGCCCCCCGCAGACGGACCUUAUUGGCUGCAGGACGUUCCGCCGCAGGAGAACCCCGUUGGUUACUGUCUGCCAAACCAGGUUCCCCAAGAAGCGUCGUAUGGCGACUUUCCGCCCUUCACGGGCGAUCUCUUUCAACCGGAAGAGAUCUUUCAACUGGACCAACCCUUGAGGCCGGAUUUCUCUGCGAAUCCCCAGGACGUGGCCCGCUCACCACCAACUUUACUCGACCUCGGCAGCGGUACCAUUAAGUACGAGAUGAAACAGCAAAAUCAAGAUCAGGGUUACUGGAACCAGUUUCUCAGCGAGGACUCCAGCAGCAGUCACCUGAGCCUGCCUCAGGACGAGAGACUCCACUUUGCCAACUUCGAGCCCGAGAAGGUCUCUAACGGCUUUCCUUCCAGGAGGACGAUGCACCAUAAUUACAUCCAAGAGAAGAAUCAGAAUCAGCCUGCGAACGAUGUACUGAGCUAUCAGAAUUAUCCCCGAACGCAGAGUCAAAAGGGUUUUGUCGAGGGAAACGCGAAGGACGAAAACGAACAGUCUUAUUGGUCCCAGGAUCAACAGGACAACAGAUUACAUUUGGAAAGUUUCGAAGUCAAGGAGGAGGAUCUCUUGUCUUCGCGUAGAGAAGUCGAGUGCUACAAGAACAGCUGUCAGCCCCCUGUGAUGGUGAGCAGGGCGGAGUACGGUCUCUACCAAAAGCCGAAGAGCGAGGAUCUGCAGGAGGCAGUGCGACGUAACUGCAGUCCCGAGGGUAAGCCGUAUCAUCCUUUCGACGGCUAUCACCAAAUAUUUGAGCACGGUGACGCUAAGAACCAGCCGCACAACCGCGUCGUUCAUCAAAAUUCGAUCCGGGCGAAUCUGGAUGAGAGGCUUCAAGGAGGCUGUUACGGCAGCCAGGAGACGGCGGAGACCGCGGAGAGGCUGUUCCACAACUCCGGCGUGGCGGAGACGUCGGUCCAGUCCCGGAACAGCCCUGAAUCCUUCUUCUAUCCUAGCAACGAACGUUGCCAUUACACCUGCGAGAUCCUCGAGCGGGUGCCGCAGAUGGUGAGCGCUGGGCCGGCUCACGGAACCGUUAACAGCUACAGCGAUCCGACCACCGCCGACUUGGACCUGCCACCCUUUGUAGAUUAUACGCUAGUCGGGAUGCUGUGCAGCUCCACGGACGAGGAGACGUCGAGCCUGCUGCCGGGAUGCCCUCAGGACUCGCACAACUACAUUCCUCAUCAUUAGAGAACGUUCUCGCCACUUUACUCAUUUGUAUUAUAUAAAUAAAUAUAAGAUAGUGUUGCACUUUCUCUCCGA